UUAAUAAACUAGCCGUUACAUCAUCUUCCCUCUCUUUCUCUCUCUUUUGCUCCUCCCAUCAAUGGCUGCUUCUGUUGAAACUCUAUCAUCACCUAAUCAUACUAACCAGGAAGGAACAAGCUUGAACAUGGUUUCUGCAACUUCUUUUGGUUCUUCUCCACCGGUUAGCCCAUCUUCAGACAAGCGUUUAUGGAGCAAUCUUCGUAACAGGAUUGAUGUUCUCCUCGAAGAAAAGAGCAAAGAUCACAAACCCAUUGCCAAUAAUACGAUUAUUACUGGAGAAUCAGAGAGAUCAAAGAGAUUUAAGAAUGAUUCGAUGCUUUUGCUUAAAGGGUUUGAUUCUGUUUCUCAUACUCUGUCUCUGCUUUCUAGCAAUCUCGACAAUGCCCUUCAGGGAGUUAGAGAAUUAGCUAAACCGCCUACGUUAUCUGAGAUACUCCACUCGAAUCUUAAAGCUGAUCAGAUACAACGACAACAAAAAGAACAAGUAGAAGAAGAAGAAGAAGAAGAAAAAGAAGAAGAGAGUAAAGGGACGAAGAGGAAACACGAAUCUGAUGUUGAACAAACAGAAGAUUCGUCGAAUGAAGAUGAGAAGAGACCAAAAGAUAGGAAAAUCAUGAAGAAGGCUAAGAACAUUGCGAUAUCCAUGGCAGCCAAAGCGAACUCGCUUGCAAGAGAGCUUAAAUCUAUAAAAUCUGACCUCAGUUUCAUCCAAGAACGUUGUGGAUUGCUAGAAGAAGAGAACAAGAGACUCAGAGAUGGGUUUGUGAAGGGUGCUAGACCUGAAGAAGAUGAUUUGGUGAGGCUACAGUUGGAGGUGUUGCUUACAGAGAAAGCUAGAUUAGCGAAUGAAAACGCGAAUCUGAUUAGAGAAAACCAGUGUCUCCACCAGAUGGUUGAGUACCAUCAGAUCACAUCUCAAGAGCUAUCUCCUUCGUAUGAACAAGUCGUUCAAGGUUUAUGCUUAGAUUUCUCAUCCCCUGUUCCUCGAUUCGAUGAUGAAGUAGAAGAGGAUGAAUCAAGAUCUCAUGAUGUCUCAAAAGCUCUCAACGAAAGCUUUGAGAAAACAGAAGAAGAACAACAUUGAUCAAGACACUUUUUAGAUUUUUUUCUCCCUGUUUAGUAAAAACCCUAUUCUUAAAAUAUUUGAUUUACAUCUGUGUUUCCUUUUGAGUAGUUUCUUGUUUGCUAAGAUAUAAAGCUGUAAACAUCCCCACUGUUUGUUGUAAUAAUAAUCUCGUCACGUA